AUGAUCAAAAGUUUUGCCCAGGAUAUCGCCAAAAUUGAGGUCGGAAAGGACUGGCCGUAUAGCUUCGUCCGACGUAACAGCGAUGAGCUCGGUUGCACUUGGUUCGACGGUUUUGAUAUCGCAAGAAAGAGAGCAGACAAUGCUUCUAGAUACAGAGCCUACUAUGAGCUUAUUGGCGAGAAAAUCGAGAAAUACGACAUCCUGCCUUGCAACACGUAUAAUGUGGACGAAAAGGGCUUUCUCCUCGGCGUCAUCAAUCGUACCAAGAGAGAUGGCAACAGAUCAUGGAUCACGUUCCUGGCAUGUGUCUGUCAAGACCUGACAGCGCUACCCCCGUUUCUCAUCUACCAAGGCAAGCCAGGGCAAGUUCAGGACUCCUGGCUCACGGAGUUUGAUCCGGAGCACCAAGCGGCGUUUUCACAACCUCAGAAACGGGCGCGAAACGGCCGGGAUUACCGCCUCCUGAUUACCGACGGACACUCUAGUCAUGUCAAUAUGGACUUCCUGGAGUGGUGUGACCAGCAUCGGAUAAUCGUUGCCGUGUUUCCGCCGCAUUCCACGCACAGGCUGCAGCCCCUUGAUGUGUCCCUUUUUGGCCCUCUUUCGACCGCAUACACCAACCAGCUCAUCCAGUGGACUGCAAAGACACAGGGACUCAUCGGGCUAUCGAAACGCGAGUUCUGGUCGUUAUUUUGGAACGCAUUCGGGUCAUCUUUCUCGGCGGAGAACAUCGCAAGUGGUUGGAAACGGACCGGACUCCUCCCAUUUGACCCUGAAGUCGUUUUGUCGCAGAUCGCGGAGAAAACAGAAGAUGAGUCUGAGUCUGGCGACAGCUCCGUUGACUCGCUCGCCCUGCAGCAGCCCACUGCUCGGGAUUUGCGCCGACUUGUCGACAAGGUAGUCGAUGGAUCCUCAAAAACGCUAGCCGAGACAGUCGGAAGCUCAAAGUACUCUCGAAAGUCUCAAUCUCAGAACGAAUUGCUUCGAUAUGAGAAUCAGGGACUUCGGGAGACUAUCUUUCACGAAAAGCAGCGCAGAAUGCGCGGUAAAGCUCUGAAGGAUUACCUUUUCGAUCGUGUAGAUCCUAACUCGGCGCAGGUAUUUAGCCCUGCAAAAGUGGCCCAAGCGCGCUUGAAGAAAGCAGCCAUGGAGACUCAGAAGCAAGAAGAGGCCUUGGAGAAAGAACGACAAAGACGUCAGGCAAAGGAAGCCAGACAACAAGAGCGGGAGAAAAACAGGCAGAUACGGAAAGAGCUCAAGCGAAAGAACCAGAAAAAAAUGUCGGAAAUGGGAUCCGGACCCUCUGUUGCUCCACAGACUCGCGAGAAGAGUCCGGGCGUUCGAGACGAGAUUGUCGUCGCCAUUUCGGCUCCACCAGAACCGACGACAGCUCCGGAACACUCAAAAUCGCCAAACAUUAAGUUGCGUAAAGAUCCAAAGCCGGCAUUGACCACUUCCUCACGUCCCAAAAAGCCAUCAUUGGCUGUCGAGCGCGACCAGGAGAUGGUAGUCGCAAUGCGGGGACUUGCGCGAUCGGGACGCCACAGGAAGCGGCCACGGUGGCUUGAUGACUGCGAAGUAGAUUGA